AUGAAGGUCCUUGGAAUCGAUUUCAGCUGUGCGUUGGGGGCUCUUGCCAACGGUCACUUUCCUGAGAAGGAUUGCUUGCUGCCUCUUAUUUCAAAGCUCCUCGGCUAUGCCAUCGUCGCCGCUUCCACCACUAUAAUGAAAAUUUUGCAAAAUGGAAGUGUGAGAGGUCUUAGUAUUGUGGCUUUUGAGCUUGAAGUAGUUGGGUACACCAUUGCUCUGGCAUAUUGUCUUCAUAAAGGGCUUCCAUUCUCAGCUUAUGGGGAAUUGGCCUUUCUUCUGAUCCAAGCUAUAAUAUUAGUUGCCAUUAUCUACUAUUACUCCCAACCUGUGGGUAUGAAAACAUGGAUCAGGGCGUUACUAUAUUGUGCGCUAGCACCAACUAUAUUAGCUGGUCAAAUCGAUCCUAUUCUCUUUGAAGCUCUAUAUGCAUCCCAGCAUGCAAUUUUUCUAUGUGCUAAGAUCCCACAGAUAUGGGCGAACUUUUCUAAUAAAAGUACAGGGGAGCUCAGCUUCUUAACCAAUUUCAUGAAUUUUGGAGGUUCUAUGGUGAGAGUUUUUACCAGCAUCCAAGAAGCAGCACCAAAAAGCGGUAUCCUUGUUUCUUGGACUUAA